AUGAAAUCACAAACAAAAAAAUCAGCAGUGAAGACGAAAAAGACAAAAGUGAAUGGAGUUUCACCACUCGAUCAACAUAAACAGGAUUUAGCUGAUUUAGCAACAGUUGAUCCAGAAUUUUACAAAUAUUUAAAAAAAGAAGAUGCUGGUUUACUUAAUUUUGAUGUUGAUGAUGCUGAUUCAAUUCCAGAUGAUGAUCCAGAACAACAACUUCAUCAGCUACCUGAAGAACUUGAGGAAAUGGAACCUCUAUCUGAUGAAGAAGGUGAAGAUGGUGAACCAAAAAGUAAAGAAGAACGACAACAAGUUACAGUUGAAAUGAUUGAAAAAUGGAGUAGUCAACUUCAAAAAACUCAACCAACAUUAAAUACAAUUCGACAUAUCAUACGUGCUUUUGGUUUAGCAGUUCAAUCUGCUUAUGGUAGUGCUGAUAUAACAUCGGAUUCAAAGGAUAAAAAAAAGAAAAAGAAACAAAUAAAAACUGGUGCAAUCGAUGAUCCUGAAUCAUUUAAUGCAAUUGUUCGUGUAUGUCUUAAACAAUUAUUACCAGCUAUUUAUAAAUUUCUUCGUAUAAAAAUUGUUACGACAAGUAAAUUAAAACCAGAAACAAGUGCAAAUUGGAAAUAUAUUGAAAAUGUUAUGAAAAAAUAUUUACUUAAUUUUACACGACUCAUAUCGAUGAUUAAUGUUCCAGUUACAUUGAAUAUUCUUCUUCGUCAUGUUCGUUCGUUAAUUCCAUUUGUUAUUGUUUUACCAAAUUCACGUCAAGCACUUGUUAAAGAAUUAAUUAAUAUAUGGUCAACAGCAUCAGAUGAACGUAGUCGUGUUAUUGCUUUUGUUUGUUUAUUUCAUUUGAUACGUGAACAUCGAAAAGAAAUGAUGGGCGUUGUUUUAAGAAAAAUGUAUUUGGAUUAUUUAAAAAAUUGCAAAUUUACAUCACCAACAACACUUCCAUUAAUUAAUUUUAUGCAACGAUCUUUAGUUGAACUUUAUUCACUUGAUCCAACAGUUACAUAUCAACAUGGUUUUGUCUUUCUUCGACAACUUGCCGUUCAUUUACGUACAGCUAUUCAAACAAAAAAAGCAGAAAAUAUUCAAGGUGUUUAUAAUUGGCAAUUUAUUCAUGCAUUAAGUUUAUGGACAAAUAUUAUCGGAUUAUUACACAAUAAUAAAGAAAAAUUAAUUCAACAACUUGUUCAUCCACUUACAGAGCUUAUUGUUGGUACUAUUAGAUUAAUACCAACAGCUCGUUAUUAUCCAUUACGAUUUCAUUGUAUUCGUCUUCUAAUAAAAUUGACUGAAUUAACAACUGUAUUUGUUCCUGUCUUACCAUUUUUACUUGAAAUGUUUGAUAUAACUGAUUUUAAUAAACGUCAUAAGACAGCAAGUCUUAAAGCGCAAUAUAUUAAUUUUGAUACAUCAUUAAAAUUAACAAAAUUACAAAUGGAUGAUCGAGCAUAUAAGGAUGGUUUAAUGGAUCAAUUUUAUGAACUUGCUAUGCUUUAUCUUGUUCAUUAUGCUCAUCAUGUUACAUUUCCUGAACUUGUUUAUCCAUUAAUAUUAAAAUGUAAAAAAUUUAUUAAAAUAUGCAAAGUACAAAAUUUUGUCAAAGUUAUCCGUGGUUUAUUAGAAAAAGUACAGGAAAAUGUUAAAUUAAUUGAAGAACGACGACAAAAAACAGGUUUAAAUGUUAAAGAUGCCAAACAAAUGAAUGCCUGGCUUGAACAAAGUCAACAAAAAUCAACAUCUAGUCCACUUGUUGUGCAUUUUGGACGAUAUAAAUCAAUGCGACAACGUGAAGUUUUAGAAGAUAUUGCUCAAAAGGAAAAAAUUUCACAAUCAGGUCGAUCAUCAUUACCAGAUUUAAUUCGACCAGAUCGGCAAGUAGCUGGUAAACAGAAUUUCAAAUCAAUGAUGGAAAAAGAUUUGAGCGAUAAUGAAGAAGAACAAGAAGAACUUUUUCAAAUUAAAACGAAAAGAAAACAUGAUGAAAUUGAAGAGAAUCAAGAAGAGGAAGAACAAGAUGACGAAGAAGAGGAUGAAAUGGAACAAGAAGAAGAAGAUGAUACCGAUGAAGAUGAUGAGGAUGAUGAUGAAGACGUAUUACCAAGUCCACCAAAGAAAAAACGUCAUGCAAAAAUGAGUAAUGGUAAAUCAUCAACUUCGAAUGCCGAUGAAUUUCUUUCUAUUGUUAAAAAGAAAUUUGAUCGUCGAAAAGAUCGUGUUAAAGAUUUGUCAGUUGAUGAUUUCUAA